AUGGUGCAGAAGUCGCGCAACGGCGGCGUCUACCCGGGCGGGGCGGGCGAGAAGAAGCUGAAGGUGGGCUUCGUGGGGCUGGACCCCGGCGCGCCGGACUCCACCCGCGACGGGGCGCUGCUGAUCGCCGGCCCGGAGGGGGGCAGCAAGCGCGGCUCCAUCCUCAGCAAGCCCCGCUCGGCCGUCUCCGGCAAGCCGCCCAAGAGGAACGCCUUCUACCGCAAGCUCCAGAAUUUCCUCUACAACGUGCUCGAGAGGCCCCGCGGCUGGGCGUUCAUCUACCACGCUUACGUUUUUCUGCUGGUUUUCUCCUGCCUGGUGCUUUCUGUCUUUUCAACUAUUGCGGAGUAUGAGAAGAGUUCCGAAGGUGCCCUCUACAUUCUGGAAAUUGUCACCAUUGUGGUCUUCGGAGUGGAGUACUUUGUGAGAAUCUGGGCUGCCGGCUGCUGCUGCCGAUAUCGGGGUUGGAGAGGAAGGUUAAAAUUCGCCCGCAAGCCAUUUUGCGUCAUUG